AUGGCACCAAAAAGGAAACAGGCAAAAGCACCGGAACUCCCCACACAAGAAUCCUUGAGUCAGAAUCUGCAACGUCUGGCCCAAAUUGCCCAGAAACUAAGCAACGCAGUCCUUCAACCGUCGCCACCAAACAGAAACUUGGAAAUUCACCGCCAAGUCUCAGAACACCAACCGCCUGCCUUCUCAGGGGAUGAAAACCCCACAAUUCUCGAAGAAUGGAUCGGAACCUUUGACAAAAUAUUCAGAGCAAAGGAAUGCCCAGAGAGCCACCAAGUAGAAACGGCCUCCUUCUACUUCAGACACGACGCCGAUAUCUGGUGGGUCCACGAGAAACAUAGUUGCGAACGAAGCCCGAGAUUCAACUGGGAAACCCUAAAAACACGUCUACGGGAACGAUUCUACCCUAGUCACAUGAAAGCGACCAUAUACGAAGAAUUCCUCCAUUUAAAACAAGGAGCAACCCCAAUCGCAGAAUACUACCGGCAGUUCCUCAAGCUAGCUCGCUUCACCCCCGAACUGGUACCUACAGAGACAAUCAAAAUUGAGAAAUUUAUAGUAGGCCUCGACCCUUGA